AUAAAUUAAACUAAACCGGUUUAUUUUCAACAAUAACUACCGGUGACGUGCCAUGGACUGUGGAAAAAUAGUCGCUAGUCGGUCAAUGACAUCAUCGAUUCGUAUCUCAUAUCUGGUGCAUUGUAGUGGUAGUCGGCAGCAUCGCAUUUGUAAAGUAUCUGUUUUAAAACUAAAAUGCCUUUAUUUAGCGGCCGCUGUUACAGCCAAGCAAAAUUAAUAGGAAAAACUGCUAUCAUAACAGGAUGCAAUACAGGAAUUGGAAAAGAAACUGCCCUUGAUUUCUUCAAAAGAGGUGCUAAGGUGAUUAUGGCAUGUAGGAGUAAAGAAAGAGCAGAAGAAGCUAAAAAAAGUAUCGAAAGUAUUUGCAAAGAUUUACCUAACACAGGCAGUCUGGUUAUUGAGGAAUGUGAUCUUUCCUCCUUACAAUCAAUUCGAGAUUUUUCAAAAAAAAUUCUUGAUAGGGAACCGGAAGUUAAUAUCCUUGUAAACAAUGCUGGAGUUAUGUGGUGCCCCAAAAGUGAAACAAAAGACGGGUUUGAAACUCAAUUUGGAACAAAUCACUUGGGCCAUUUUCUAUUGACUAUGCUGCUUCUGCCUCGCAUCAGAAACAGUACACCAGCAAGAAUUGUCAUUGUGUCUUCUAGGGCUCAUACUAGUGGGGAUAUCUACUUUGAUGACUUUAAUUUUGAAAAAAGAAACUACAGCCCUCAUUAUGCUUAUGCACAAAGUAAACUGGCGAAUGUUCUAUUUUCUAGAGAACUUGCUAAAAAGCUCAAGGCUAACAACAUUGAGGGUGUUAACACUUACAGCCUGCAUCCAGGUGUAAUAAAAACGGAGCUAGGAAGACAUUUGGACAAGACUGUAUUUUCGGGGGCAAGAAAAUUAUUUGGCAUAGUUUUUGGUCCAUUUGUAAAAUCGGUUGAAUUGGGUGCACAAACAACUAUUUAUUGUGCUGUUGAUGAGAAAUGUGCUGGGGAAACUGGCUUAUAUUACAGUGACUGCACACCUAUAAAUCCCUGUUCAAAAGCUUUGAAUGAUGAGUAUGCUGAGAAGUUGUGGCAAAAAUCAGUUGAACUCGUCGGCCUGGGAGAUUAUAAUCCAUUCACUGCCCAAGAUCCGGGACUAGCUAAAUAAUAACUU